GCGUGGUUGAUCCGGAGUUCACAGAGCUGGCAGAGCUAGGCCAAGGCUGGCGAAGUCAGCCGGGUUGUCACGUGAUGGUACAUUUGUGACAGCUGCGUGUGUGACAGCACUAGCUUUCGGGUGUCGCGGGACGGGCUAUGCGGCCGUGCGAUGACCGCUACCUUGGCCUGCGAUGUGUCGGAGAAGAAGAAAGCCGACAAGCGUGCCCACUACGCCCCCUUGGCCGGCGGCCAGAACCCGGCGGGACGAAAGAGGAGCCCAUGCCGCCGAUUCCCAUCUCGGUAUGUGCUCAGCCUGCUGCUGUUCUGGGGUUUCUUCCUUCUCUAUGCCCUGCGGGUCAACCUAAGUGUGGCCAUCGUGGCCAUGGUCAAUGGCACAGCCGUGCUUGCUGCGGGAACCACGGCCCGCGGUGCUGACUGUCCCGCGCCCGAUGGCUCCCUGUACAAUGCCACUGCCGACCCAGAAACGGCUGGCGGCGAGUUUAACUGGGACGAACGCACGCAAGGUGCAGUUCUGGGUUCGUUCUUCUACGGCUACGUGCUGACCCAAGUGCCUGGUGGUCGGCUGGCCGACCGCUUCGGGGCCAAGAGGCUGCUUGGCGCAGGCAUCCUGGUGACCUCGCUGCUCACCCUCCUCACGCCGUUUGCUGCACACAUCAGUCCGCUGGCACUCAUGGUGCUGCGCUUUGGUGAGGGCAUCUCCGAGGGUGUGGUGUUUCCCUCGUCCCUGGCAUUGCUGUCGCACUGGUCACCAGUGCACGAGCGGAGUCGGCUGGUGAGCCUGAACACUGUGGGCACCGCGGUCGGGACCGUGGUCACUCUGCCGCUCACCGCCCAGCUCUGUGCGAGCACCUGGGGCUGGCCUGGCAUCUUCUACCUCCUUGGUGUGCUUGGUUGUGCGUGGUUUGUGCUGUGGAUGUGGCUGGUGUACGAGUGGCCAGAGAUGCACCCGGGCAUCUCCAACCGGGAGCUUCAACACAUCCAACGGUACCGGGGCAGUUCCUGCGCUGCUCAGCAGCCACAUGGUGUACCAUGGGGCCGCCUUUUGAGCUCACGGAGUGUUUGGGCCCUGGGCGUGACCAUGUUCUGUGGUAACUGGGGCUUUUACCUGUUACUCAUCGAUCUGCCGAACUACCUCCGUGGAGUCUUGCACCGGCCGAUUGGAAGCAAUGGCUAUGAGAAUGCAGCCGUGCACAUAGCUGGAGCUGUGAGCAUGUUGCUGUGCGCCCCCAUAGCCGACCUGCUUCGCAAGCGCCAGAUGCUUUCCGUCACCGUCAUCCGCAAGGUGUUCCAGACCUUGGGCUUGCUGGGGCCGGCGCUGUGCCUUUCACUGGUUCCCUUGGUCGGGUGCGAUGCCAGGGCGGCACUGGUGUGCCUGGUUUCUGGCAUGGCCCUGUACGGAUUCACCGUCGGAGGACAGAGCCCACUGACCCUGGACAUUGCACCAGACUUUGCAGGUACGGUGAUGGGCAUUGUGAACUGCAUGGGCAACCUCUCGGGCAUGCUGGCGCCCCUGGUGACCGGCUACAUCAUCGAGCACGACGAGAGCCUGGCGCAGUGGCGAAAGUUGUUCCUGCUGGCAUCGGCCAUCUACACUUUUGGUGCAGUGAGCUUCGUACUGUUUGGCUCUGCCAAAGUGGAAGAGUGGGGGGUGGCGCCCACCAAAAAGAACACCCUGAUGAGCUUCCCGCACCCGGAGUCCGACUCGGAAGAAGACCCCGAAGACUUCCAUGCCGUGGCUGCCGAGAUGCACCUAAUGUGAUGCACCCUGUGAUGCACAUUGUCCCAUGUGAUUACUUCUCUCAUGUGGUCAUGAACCGGUGAAGUCCUGCAACGCACUCACACAGUCAACGUGCGAAAGCUCCCUGUGAUGCACCUACAAGUCAUCGCACAUCAUCACCUAUGUGGCAAUAUGGAUUAUCCACCUGUGACAAGGUUUUUAAGAACACUGCACAAAUCGUGCUCAGUUUUACUAGAUAACUACAGGUAGCCAGCUAGUUAGGCGUGCCAUGUUGCAAUAUUCUGCAUGCAGGAGAUUGUCAAGUGUUGUUCAAGGGAGAGCAUGAAAGGCUUCUUUGUUAGGCUCUUAGCAUGACGGCACGCCUACCAUCCGAUUGGCUAGCAAGGCAACAGUGAUGGACUUAGUUCCCCUUUUAUGGUGCACGCCGCUGUGACCAUCGCACAUCUGGUCAAUCGAGGUGCUUCAUGUACAACCCACCCACAUUCCUUUCUCUUUCUCUCUCUCUCUAUUUUUUUGUAGUGAUCCAUCACAAUUUGCAUGUUUAACUAGGUGAAACAAACAUUUAGGAAAAGAAAACUGCCCAUUCACAGCAUCAUAAGUAGGUAUAGCAGAUGUGGGGAGCCUAGCGCCCAUCUUCCCUGGCGUCGUGAGCCAGCAUAGGCGCACUACGCCCUCUCCCGAUUCUCCCUCGCUCUCAUGACACGCGCACACCCUUCUUUCCCGACUCGCUGGCACGUAACUUAUGGGCGAGGAGGACAUUCCCCUUGCCCAGGUAGAAAGUUACAAAACAGCGCGACCGGGGAAACCCUCUCUCUCUGACGCCAGACCCCUAACCUGCCAGACUGGACUGGUACCUGCCUCAACCGGUGAGUGACCUCGUUUGCCUGACUAUCCCGGGCAACGAGGCCAGCCUAUUUAUAACUAUUACAGAGAGGACAUCCCUCUGCCAGUGUUCUUUAUUGCCGGUAGCAAUAAACGUUAUUACAGUUGACGCCGCUGGUUGCCUUAUUCGUUCGAACCCAACGUAGCCACGAUUCCCGCGCUACAGGUUGGGGAGUAACACAAAGCGACUGCGUAGGGCUAGAUCAGGAGCUCGCCUUCAGCCCUAGCUGCACGCAGAGUGGAACCCCCACAUUUGACGCUACCAACGCGGGGCGAAUAAGGCAACCAUCGGCGUCAACUGUAAUAACGUUUAUAGCUACCGGCAAUAAAGAACACUGGCAGAGAGACGUCCUCUCUGUAAUAGUAAUAAAUAGGCUGACCUCGUUGCCCGGGAUAGUCAGGCAAACGAGGUCACUAACGGGUUGUGGCAGGUACUCCAGCCCAGCAGAUUAGGGGCCCGGCAUCAGUCUCCCCGGUCACGCUGUUUUGUACCUUUUUUACCUUGGCUAGGGGAAUGUCCUCCUCGCCUAUCAGCUACCUGCCUGUGAGUCGGGGAGGAAGGGGGCGCACGCGUCGCAAGAGCGAGGGAGAAUUGGGAGAGGGCGUAGUGCGCCUCCCCGUGUCUAUACCGGCUCUCGACGCGAUGACGUGGGGGAAGAUGGGCACGUGUGCUUCCCACACAGGAUGCCUUCUGACAAUUCUAGGGAACUGUAGUUAGUCGGCACUUGGCAAGAGAGACAGGAGUUUUUAUAAAAUACCACAUUGCCUUGGCACACAAUUGGGUUCCAAGAAAUGUGAAGUGUUUGCAGCACCUUUUCCCACUUCGGGGUAUUAGACCAGACAACGUCAGUGUACUGUGUUCAUUGUACUAAUCCUUUGUGCAGAAAACAAAAAAAAAACCUUGAAGCACAAAGAUGGUUGAACCUGCAACAAAAAUGGCACCACAAGUUGAUUGGGGAACCACCUUCUUGUAUGGGUUAGCACAAACACAGAACAAAGAGUGCGGAGAAGCGGGUUCCUGGUCAAAUUUGUACUUGGAUAAGGACAGACUGCCUGGAUUUGUUAUUUUCUGUCGCUAAAGCCCUACAGCAAUCUUUUUUAGAUGACAGCUGUCAGGUGGUGCAUGGGGCUUUUACUUCCAUUGUAUGUCCAUUGUUUGUUGAAUGCUGCUUCACUGAUGUUCAUUGAUCCUUGUUUCAUGUGGCUUAGUUAUGUGCGCAAACUGUAGCGCGAACAUAGCACAAGGCUUGGCAUGUUCAGAAAGUGUCUUUCAUGGGUUUAAGAGCGGCCAAGGUUAGUUUGUGCUUAAGUGUUUCCAUAGUGGUGACUCUGUGGUGAAAGUUUAGUCUGACAAAGUGGUUUUAUGAGCUGUACAUUUUUAAAUUUAAGAUGUUAAAAUGCUGUAUACUCACUAGGUUGUUUUUUUAAACAAAUGUACAUUCAUCUUGUUGUCUGUUGUUAAAUUACUCCAUGUUGGUUGCCCCCAGCACCAUUGCUCAUGGUCUGUUCCUGUUACCUAUGCGGCCAUCAUCGCCAUGGUUGUUCGGUGUGAUCAUUUUCUUACUUUUUUUUGCAUGGAGCUGUUUAAACACUUGUGUGAUGUGAGUAGACAUCAUUGUGAAUUGCCAGAGAUUAUAUUCAGCACCUUGUGUGGUGAUUUGCAUGACCUGCUUGUGUGGCUAAAGUGUUCUCACUUGUCAGAAGGUUGCUGAUUCGAUUACUUGCCCCCUGUAUGGCUGUAUUUUAUUAUAAGUGAUGAUUUGAGAAAGCCUGUUUCUUCUGUGGUUUAGCACAUGUUUAAGAGAUGCUAAAGAGAAUUAAAAGUUGCACAGAUACCAUAGAAAAUGAUUGUCAAAGGAAGAGGA